CUGAAACCCCGCUAUACCGCAUUGAGUAACCCGACGUCACGCCGCCCGAAAGAUUAGAUCCGCGGAGUGUCCCCUCACUUAACAAUAUUGUGCGAUCAGCAUCUACUUUCCUUUCUUCUUGCUGCGAGCUUUGUCGCAAAGCUACUGUAUAGGCGCUUAUCGCUGUCUCGCUGAAAUUAAUGAAUCCGCUAGAAGAAACUGAACGACCUACCAUGGCUGCAUCUUUGUCAGCGACCAUGCCCAAGGGAGGCGCCGGAGAGAUGGAAGGAGGGGGAGGCUUCAUCCCACCAGCAGCAGCACACCUUCCAAGCCCGGCGCCCACCACCUCAACCGUGACACCAUCGCUUCUCCCCAAACCGCGAGCUCACCCUUUGCGUCCGGGCUCUGCUAAAGAAGCCACGGUCUUGGAGUAUAUUGACAAGAAGCUCUUAUCUAUCAGUCGCCGGCACGCCAAGAAGUUCAGCGGAGCUUUUAUCGGUGAUAACGGAGGCGGCGGCAUGAGCAGCAGCAGCGGCAGUCCCCAACGCACAGCACAGGAGUCGGAGUCGGAAAAGGGUUAUGAGAGUUUCAAAGAAGUCGCAAAAGAUUUUGAAGGCUUGGUGGACGUCUUGUGGGUUAGUGGCACUCCCUCGUUACAAUUACCCUACCUGAUCUCGUUGGCCGUCCAAGUCAAUUCCUAUCUACCGGAUUAUCCGUUCUCGUCCAAGGCGACUUUCCGAUUGCUGCGGAAGCUGGACUUGAUAUUCGCGUCGCUACUCUUGGGGGAGGAUGCAGAGUCUGGGGUGCCGCUGCCCGGGUUCGAGGGGAGGACUAACGUGGUUUCAAUGACGGAGAAAGUGCGUAUUAAGAGUAUUGCAGAGACGUGUCGGGUUGUGGUUGUUGAGGCGAGGGAGCAGGAGGAUCUUGAUGAUGGUGACAAGGGCGCGGGUAAUGGAAUUGAUGAUACUAGUGAAGAGGACGAGGAGAGUGAGGAUGAGAUGAUGAACGAUGCGAUGGAGACGAAUGAGUAUCCGAUUCCUGGCAGGUGGGAGAUGGAAGCGGCUAAGGUGUACGAAAAGACGAUUGAGUUGUUGGGGGAUGAGCUGGGGAGAGCGGAUAUUGGAGAAUUUUGUGAUACUGAUAUGGCGGCUGGUGAGGAAGAGGCCCGAUGUGAUGGGUUACUGGUUGAGGAGCAAGAUUGAUCAUUUGAAGCUUGGUGCUGUCGGUCUCCCAAUUAGUAAGAGCCGUGAGACUAUCCUUGUUCGUCUUUGUUCAGUUUUGAUGAUACCCAGAUAACCUGGUGGAGAGAGCCUGGCUGAAGAUUCCUUCUGAGAUGUCUAUGAUGUAUUGUCGUUACUUCAAAUUGAUAUCCGUAAUAAUAUGGGAGGGAGUAUCUGACGAGGCAUGGAUUGUUCCGGCUCGAUGCGACAAUCAGAG